UGCAGUGUUUCCAGAAACGGGUUGCACAUUGGGUGGCUUACGGUGUGGUUUUUGAACCAUACUCACUAUUCCUUCCCCUUUUUAAAGUUAUAUUUAUUUAUUAAUGUAGAAGCCCAUAUGCUAGAAGCUAUGUUGCAAUUUGCCGAAUGAGAGUGGAAUGAGGAAAAGGAAAUGUUUCUUCCUGAAAAUGGGAGAAACCGGAAUUGAGGUCGGACGGAUUGGACCGCCUGGGGUCGAAAACGUGGCGCUCAGGAGGGGCUGAACGUCAGGAGGGAAGUGACUCGAGUGAGUGAAAACAACCCGCAGGCCCUGAAUCGAAGUUGUGCCACUAAUUACCGACGUUUGCGCGCGGGACUAUCUUUUGGUUCUUUUAUUUUUAUUUUUUUGCGAAUCCUAGAGAGGGCCUCAGUCCAGCGUUGUCCGUCGGGCGGAUUGGAAUCCGAAUUUGUGUGGCGGAAACGUGGACCAUUACACCCUCCGACAGAAACAUCUGGAGCAGAUAUCUCUUUUCGGCCACUUUUUUUCUUCUACUUCCUAGAUUUUUAUAUCUCAUCAAAGCGACUUUCCUUCCUUCCCCCUUCUGCUUUUCCUUCCAAAGUGGCCUUGCAGCCUCUAAGACGCCCAUUCAUGGAUUGGAGUCCCCGCUGUUGUAUCUACUUUGCAUCUAUACCUGCACGUAAUUGGCAGUUUCUGCAUCUUCGACAGCUGCGGAUUUUCUGCAUUUUAUCUUUUUGCCCAUUCAACUAGUUUUAAUCUUCAAGAAAUACGGCUUCUUGACUUCUGAAAGGAAAUACUAAAAAGUUGUAUUAUUAACAGGAAAUGCAAGUCGUUUAUUGAUACUAAGAAGAUCCUUCCAUGCUGUGUGGUGUUGGACUUAGAGGACAUGCUUUUUUAGACUGCUGGUGAAAUUUUAACUUCGCAACAAUUUGCGGUGAAAAUAGGAUAUCUUUUCUACCCUUGAAACCUAUGAUGAUCAGUUUUGCCUACCACGUGCUUUCAUGCAUUCAGAACAUAUCUGUAAAGGCUAGAAGAUGUAAUUAAUGUAUUGAAUGAACAGUGAUAGUUAGUGGUUCAUAAUCUCUUUUUGGUUUCUAUUUUUCUAAAAACGUCUGAGUGCUGAAAAGUUACUUUUUGAAGAAGUUAGUAAAUUGUGAAUGAAGCAAAGAAAGAAAAACCAGUCAUCUGUCCGAAGAGGUAUUUGACUUUCUGGAAACCUUAAUUAUCUGAAUUUUUAAGAGUCUGUAAAAGGCUUUAGAAAGACGAUGACUUUGAUAAUGACUUCGCGUGCUGGAUGGCGAUUUUUCGCUGGCAAAUCAAUCCGAAAUACGUGAGGUCAUUUCAGGCUUCAAACAUAAUUAGCCAGCAUUCAUCUGCCUUGUAACCAACUACAGUUCACUGCAGUCUUCGCUUGAAUAUAAUUGUAUGAUGUAAUUAAAUAUAAGUUUAUCGUUAUGGAUUAAUGUAUCUAGAUGAGAUACCAAAAAAAUGUUGUUCACAUUUUUAAGUAUGGUUACCAAAAGCAGAAUUUAUACAAGAUACAAAGAAUCAAAUGUUUUAAAAAUCUUGAAUCACAAGCACCGUCUUUUGUGAGAAAGUAACAGAUCUUUCGAUAAAAUUUCAAAAUGCCCAACACAUCCGUUACUUAAAAUAAAGAUAACAGUAUAAAAUUUUUGUCAAGGUGCAAUAUUUUCUCUGAAGGUUUGAGUAGUAUUUCCUCUUAUGAGAUAAAAAGUCCUUGAUUGCAAUAAAGGUUUUUGUGGAUACGACCACCGAAAAAUGGUUAUAGUAUCAAGUCCACCACCACAGCUUUCAUCCUCCUUAAGCAAUUUGGAAGUUGAAGACACUGAUAUAGGAAGAAUGGAAGGUCUUUUGGAGAAAUUGAAGAUAAACGUGGUGGAACUCAUUCUUCAAGGCGAUGAUGUAACGCGGCAGAUGUGGCAAAUGUACUCAGUGUUCGAGGAAAUUUUUGGGCGUCAGACCAUGACUACCUCAAACAAUGAACCUCUAAAGCACGUAGUGGUAGGAGAUCGAAUAAAAGGGUCCUCUAUGAAGCCCAGUAAGAGCAAGAGCUCCGAACGUCCGACAAUAGAUACUGCAGCUAGUCCCCAGAUUUCAUCAUCUAUGACAGUAUCUUCUAUACCUAGUACUCCAGUUAUUGCUCUUUCCUCGAACUCAACUCCUACCGUUCCAUCACCAGUCGCAGAAACCAAGUCUGAGUCGCCUAUUAGUGCUAAUUCCACAAUGUCUCCGCAGAAUAAGGUGCCCUCAGCGGGAGCUUUACCCAGCGGUAGUCCAUCCGUUAAGUCAAGCCCUCAGUCGUCUGAUCGUCCGUCGGACAGCCCUAGUGCCCCAUCCAACCAUCAGUUCCCGAAAGGACAAGAAUUGACUAGUAGCGGAGUCACCCCUGCAGUCGCACAGUCUUCGAACCUAACAUCCAAUCCUUUGCUCGAUACCAUUGGUGCUCUCGCAACUUCCAAUCCCGAUUCUGAUGAUUCGGACUUAGACAUUGUAUAUCAACAGCUUAGGUAUCGAGGAAGGCAUCGUAGGCCUGAACAAGUGCGAAUUCGAACUCAUCGGACGCAUAGCCAUCAGCAUCAACCAGUUGCUAGCAGUGACCCAGAAUCAAUUGGUUAUGCAGGAUCCAACUCAAUAGAUAGCGGCUAUAAAAGUCUUUGCGCUACUCCUGAAGUUUCGGACAGUCUUAGCGCUCCUGAAGUCCGAAGAAGCGCCUCUGACGUUAGUGCAUCGGAUUCCUCAACGACUUCUGGUCGUCCUCGAAGCUUGGAUGGGCAAGAUGGAAAAACAUCUAAAAUUAAAAUGGGGACCCGCUCCAUCGCUGGAAAGAUAAAAGCGGUAGAUAGGUCGCCAAGGCAGCCCCAUACCACCUCUGCCAUAAAUGAUGUUACUUUGGACCAUCUUAUGUAUCUUAGACAAUCUCUCAGAAAAGAUCGCGUAGACGCACAAAGGUCUCCUAAUGAUUCCAUACCUUCCUCUGUCACUACCAGCACAUUUCGAGACAGUGAUCUGUCUCCACGACCCAUUACUGAUGAGGAAUGGAGAGAUCAGUGCCGACCCUAUCCAUUUCGUACUGCCAGCAGCUCAUCUUCACAUUCUGCAUUUACGGGCAGGGACGGUCGAAGUUCCAGAGGAAGCUCCAGGAGCGAAGAAAUAGACCAAGAAGGGGGUGGUGAAAGUUCUUCGGAUUUCUUAUUAAGUGGCGUGGAAUACUAUGAUUUAGAGAGCAUUCAGGAAUUCCCACCAAGUAACAACUAUGUUACCAUGUUGGAAGAGAAGACACGUUGUGCCAGAUUUCAACUUGUUUCAGCUUCCAAAUGUCCAGAGCCAUUUAGCGAAAGGCAACUCACUUCCUUGUACAGAAAAAGAAGUGAAUCUUCCCAGUCUGUUGAUGGUGGCCUUGGCAGAAGUCAACAUCAACAAAUAUAUGGUGCCACGGGCCAUCCACUGAGGGCGCCAAGGAGUCCUGCCAAAGUGAUGUCGCGUCACCAUAAGCCACAUCAUGCGACAGAUUCCAAACUUACGGAAGCUGCCAUUCGGGUGCUGGAAAUGAUAGAGGACUUUCGGAUGGAGGAAGCCAUGUCCCGCUCUGGAAGAAUGCUUCCAUAUCAGGCGACUGGAGAUCAUCAUCAGCCGAUAAUGCCCACUGCAUCAGGUGCUACUAGUAACUACCCGUCCUCUGCUAUCCCUCACCAGGCAUUUCUUCCGAGAUAUAGGAAAUCUCCAGGUCUGAGAGCAGGUGUCCGACCAGCUUCAACGGGAUCUCUCCUAGAACAAGAAAUAGACGCGCGUAGUGUGGCUUCUUCAUCCUCAUACGCUGCCUCCGCAGAGCAUCACGUUUAUGAGGAAAUCAUGUACGAUUUGGUCUGUGAGAGAGCAGCCUCUGCGUCUGAUAGGUCUAUGCCCCCUCCUAUACCGCCAGAGAGAGGUAGGAUGGUAAGAAGCCGUUUGCUGCCCGUUCCCCCGCAUAUUGCAACGCCUCAUCAUCAACCACCAUUUCCAGUGGAUCCACGGAGAAUCAUGGUGCGCAGCCACAAACACAGGAGCAGCAAUUUGUACUCCAUGCUUUCUAGCGCCCGCGGACAUAAUAAUGUGGAUAGGUAUUUAGAAAUGGAAUGGCGUCUGGCGCCGGAUAGGAGAGACAAUUUACCGCCAGAUUUUCCUGUGUAAUAUCGAUUGUUUUUUGAAGAAACUCAGGAUUCAUAUUGUUGCGAUGAGUCAAUACCCGCUGGUCGGUUGAAGCUUAUCUCCAAAAAACGAGUCAUUAUACAUUUUCUGAGAGUCAAAUUUUUACUGCUGAAACCACAUUUAAGCGACAAGUUAUUUGUCAUAUUUAAAAGAGUGAAAUAUCUCCCAUUGGACAGUAAGUUCGCUGUGUGUUAUUGUUCUCAUUUAAAAUGGAUCCCUAUACUCUGUUGACGUUAGAUUGCUAAAAGCAAAAGUGUUGUACAGUAAUUUUGUCAAAAUGAUUAUAAUUAGUAAAUAGCUUGAACUAAUGCAAAAUUACCAGUAGUAAAUAUAUAUUAUAUAAUUUAUGCAACAGUAUUUAAUAAAUGAAUUGAAGAGACAUUUUUCAUGCAAACUGUUGCGAAGUCUCUCACAAAAUAAUUACCUUUUUAAUGGAAAUUUACUCUAAAUUUCAUAAGACCGUGGAAUAUAUUUAUUUUAUUUAUAGUUAAGCAAAUCUUUCUAUUUAGAUGCAUAAAUUGCUAUAAAAUAUAUCAACCGUUUUAUUAACACGUUCAAGAGAUUUCUUUUUAUUUUUCCUCAGAAUUACUCAAAACUUUUAUAUUAAAAUUCACGUAUAAGUGUUUUUAUGUUAAAGAUGUUUUCA